CCAAAGCCGUAAGUGAACUGAAAGACCUGAACUACUCUGACAAAUUUCGGGAGAUCUUCCUGCCGGAUGGCCAGCCCUUGCUGCCUGGCAUGUUCGUCAGGCGCCUGGACCUUGCGGCUGUCCUGGAGCUGGUGGGGGCAGAAGGGGUCUCAGCUUUCUACAGUGGAAACUUGACCCAGGAGAUCAUCUCUGAGGUCCACAGCUAUGGAGGAGUCUUGGUGGAAGAAGACUUCAGCAACUACAGUGUCACGGUCGAGAGUCCCAUCCACACAGUCUAUCGAGGUCAUCUGGUUUUCAGUCCCCCACCUCCACAUGCAGGUCCUGCACUGAUCACAGCACUGAACAUCCUUGAGGGCUUUAACAUCACAAGUCAAGUGUCCAGGGGGAAUAUCUUGCACUGGAUGGCAGAGACAUUAAAAAUAGCCCUGAGUCUAACUAGCAACCUGGGAGACCCAUCUGAUGAUGUGUCCAUCACUCGCACUGCAGAAGACAUGAUGAGUAAAUCAGAAGCCAAUUCCCUGCGCCAGCUGAUUAAUGACUCCCAGUCCUUCUCAUCUGAUCUCCGUGUGCCUCACUUCUCUGUGGAAAGCGGACCUGCUGCUAGUCAGGUCCUUGUCAUGGGCCCCGAUGACUUCAUUGUUGCGGUUGUGAGUUCUUUGAAUCGUCCCUUUGGCAGUGGAAUAAUAACACCCUCUGGAGUCCUCCUGAACAGCCAGAUGUUGGACUUCUCCUGGCAAAAUAAAACAAUGAACCACUCCAUUCCCAGGCCGCAAAAUCUCAUUCAGCCUCGGAAACGGCCCCUGUCUUUCCUGUUGCCCACCAUCGUGAGGCCGUCCGAGGGGCUGUGCGGGACGUACCUAUGUCUGGGAGCUAACAAUGGGGACAAAGCCUUGAGCAGCAUCGUUCAGGUUUUGGUGAAUGUUUUAACAUUUAACAAGAAUCUGAGUGAAAGUUUGUCACUUGGCCGGCUGCACCCACAGCUUCAGUCCAACACCUUGCAGGUUGACAGUGAGUUUCCUGAAGAAGAUAUUGCAUUUCUUGUAGCCAGGGGCCAUCAAGUGGAUAAAGUCAAAGUGGUCUCCCUCGUUCAUGGGGCCAGGAGAACCAAUAGUUUCAUCAUUGGCCUGAAGGACCCCAGGAGCAUGGAUGCUGCCGGAGCCACAAUAUUGUAG